AUGAUGCAAGCCCGGCUACGAAAGGUGCAGUCAAUUGCCAGCAAUCAGUCCUGCGCGGACUGCGGUUGCAAGAACCCGCAGUGGGCGUCCGUGACGUAUGGCAUCUUCUUCUGCCUCGAGUGCUCCGGCACGCACCGCAGCCUCGGCGUCCACCUUAGCUUCGUCCGCUCCGUCAUCAUGGACUCGUGGAGCGACUCUCAGCUGAAGCGGAUGGAAGUUGGAGGAAAUUCCGCCUGGAACGAUUUCCUUGACCGAUAUGCCGAUGCGACGGAGACGGCGACGAUAGCGAAGAAAUACGCGUCGCCUGCUGCGCAGUAUUACCGGGAAAAGCUCGAUGUGCUUGUUGCUGGUCGAGCGUGGACGCCUCCUCCUGGGCUGACUCCGAAGCAAAAGACAGUGGCGCGCACGACCCUGCCAGCUGCAUCCCGAGCCUCUUCCGCCGCGUCAAGAAACAGCAGAAGAUGCACCGCUCCUCCCGCACGAGCCGUUGCCUCACAAAGUUGGGAUGACUGGGGCGAGGGCUGGGGUACCGUUGGCGCUAACUCUCGAAAGCUGCUGGCAGAGGAAAUGGAAGAAGUACACGAUAUCGAAGUGAACGGAAGCGACGAAAUUCUGGAGGUUUCACCUUUGAGGGUCUCAGCUAUCAAGGCUGAGGAGGAGGAGGAAAUGGAGGAUGAGGAGGACGAGACGCAGGAUGAGGAGCAGAAGCAACAGCAGCAGCAGCAGCAGCAGCAGCAGCAGCUGGCGGCGAAGACGGAACAAACUGUUGAUAAAGAGGGGGAUUCUACGCUGGAUGGUGCUGCUGCGACUGGAUUCGUGGAAACAGAGCGGGAUCGGCUUAUUCGUCUGGGUCUCAUCACACCUUUCGCCCAGCUCAAGGGCUUUGACAAGGCCGUUCAGUCUGGCCCCUCCCAUAAAACCCAGCUUGGGGAAGGAAGCAGCAGGGAUGGCGGGAUGGAGAGCAGGGCCGAGAGGGAGGGAGAGGGAAACGAUCAUGGGGGGAAAUGGGAUAGGAUGGUGGAGGUGGGUGUGGGUGGGGUGGAGGGUGGGGGAGGAGAAGGGAAGAUGGAGAGCUGGGAUGCUGAUGUGGAUGAUGCUGACGUGGAUGCUGAUGUGGAUGCUGAUGUGGAUGCUGAUGUGGAUGCUGAUGUGGAUGAUGCUGACGCUGGUAGUGCGUUUGAUGAUGAAGAUGAUGAGGAUGACGGUGGUGAUGUUGUAGAUGAUAGUGAUGAUAUUGAUGUUGAUAGUGACGAUGUGAUUCUAGAGGGGGGUUUGCGUAUACCAGCGUCAGGUUCGGCCCGAGGCAACAGCCUCGUCAUCACCACAUACGAGCAGGUCCGGUUGCGGCGAGAGCUGUUCCUGGCCGUUGAUUGGGGGUACGCGAUACUCGACGAGGGCCAUCGGAUCAGGAACCCCGAUGCAGACACCACGAUUGCAUGCAAGCAGCUGCGCACGCCGCACCGCCUGCUGCUGAGCGGGUCGCCAAUUCAGAAUCGACUGGACGAGCUUUGGUCUCUCAUGGACUUUGUCUACCCGGGCAGGCUCGGCACUCUACCUGUGUUUUCAACGGAGUUUGCUCUCCCCAUCGCCAUUGGCGGAUACCUCAACGCCACCCCGCUUCAGGUCGCCACGGCUUACAAGUGUGCUGUUGUGCUUCGAGACGUAAUCUUACCAUACCUACUCCGGAGAGUUAAAGCCGACGUUGACAUUCAGCUGCCAGAAAAGACAGAGCGCGUGCUGCUGGUUCCGCUCACUAGAUUCCAACGCACGCUGUACCGCGCGUUUCUGCAAAGCGAGGAGAUGAGGCAGAUCCUGGACCGGUAUCGAAACAGCUUAUACGGGAUCGAUGUGCUGAGGAAGAUUUGCAAUCACCCGGAUUUAUUGGGCUCCAAGCUGCAAGUGCUGGAUAAGAUACUACAAGUGUGGAAAUCUGAAGGCCACAGAGCUUUAGUCUUCUGUCAGACGUUGGAUAUCGUCGAAUCCCUCGUGCUCAACCGUAACUUGGGAUACAGACGAAUGGACGGCAGCACGCCGCCCGGGCUGCGGGCAGCACUCAUCGACGAGUUCAACAGCGGGGAGGGCGGCGUGUUUGUCUUCUUGCUGACCACUCGGGUCGGCGGGCUGGGAACGAAUCUCACGGGAGCCAAUCGGGUCGUGAUAUUUGAUCCUGACUGGAACCCCUCUACGGACCUGCAGGCUCGGGAGAGGGCAUGGCGCAUAGGGCAGAAGAGGGAGGUGAUCAUAUACAGGCUUGUAACGAGGGGGACUAUAGAGGAGAAGGUAUUUCACCGCCAGCUGUCCAAGCAGCUGCUCUCGAACCGCGUGCUUAGGGAUCCGAAGCAGAAGCGGCUUUUCAAGUCCAAGGAUUUAACAGACUUGUUUACGCUAGAAGAGGAGGAGGGGGAGGAGGAGGAGGAGGAUAGAGGAGGAGAUGUGAGCUUGCGAUUGGAUAAUGCGGAUGUGCUGGCGAGUCUGCCUGGGGUAAAAGUGGCUGCGUUGGACCAGGAUACGAUCGAACGGCUGGCGUCGGCCGAUCGGAUCCGCAUGGAUUGUGAAGCAGCGGCGGUGGCGGCACGGGCAGAAGCAGCUCUCCGCCAAUCACAGCGCGACCGAGCCUCCAGCGACGUUUUCGAACCUACCUGGACCGGCAGGUCCGGCCAGGCUGGUGUUCCAGCCCGUGGGGGCCGGAGGAGGUUCGGUUCGGGGAGCACCAAUGCUGGUAGCAGGUUCGGGAGUGGACGAGGGGGUGGGGGAGGGGUGAGUGCAGGGAUCACAGGCGGCAAUGCUUUGUCUUCUAGUGAGCUGGUCCAAAGGCUGAGGCAGAGGCAAGGAAUGUUGGGAGAGGUAUUGGGCUAG